CUCGCCAAUCAAACCCUUAAAUCUAGGGUUCUCUCGAAUGUACCUCUUUCUCUAUUCCUAUUUCCUUGCUUCUUUCAAGCUUAAUUUUUAAUUUCUGAUAUCUUUCUAUUUCUGUUUUUUUUCCCUUUUUUUUUUUUUUCAAUCUAUCGAGGCAUCUCUUCCUCAAUCUCAGAUUCUUCUUUUCGAUUGGGGAGCUUGACUUGGCAUUUGAUUGAUUUGUUUUAAAUGCGUUCAGAGAUUUGAGUUUUUUUCCAUGACGAUCGCUGAUUCCGGGUGUUUGAUGGAGAAUGGGGGCAGUUGCUUGCCGUGCACGCCCGACGAAGAGAAAAAGAUCGUUAAGGACUUGAUGGAUGAAGCUGAGCUUGAUUUGAAAGAAGGCAACUUCUACUAUAUCGUUUCCACCAGGUGGUUUGCAAGAUGGGAGAGGUAUGUUGGCCUCAGCAGUGAUGACCAUUUGGUUGAUACGCAGUCUUCUGAUUCUCAAGAUUUGGCUGCUGUUCCUACAAGUAUACCUGAUAGACCUGGUCCAAUAGACAACUUUGAUAUAGUUGAAAAUGGAAAUAAUGGCGAGGGUGAUGAUCUAGAGCUGGCAAGAACAUUGUUGGAAGGAAGGGAUUAUGUUUUAGUUCCUCAAAAAGUUUGGGAGAAGCUUUUUCAGUGGUACAAGGGAGGACCAGCAUUGCCAAGAAAGAUGAUUUCACAGGGUGUUUUUAACAAAAAGCAGUUCAGCGUGGAGGUUUAUCCUCUUCGUCUCAAGCUAAUUGAUUCCAGAGAUGACACUGAAUUCACUAUAAGGUUAAGCAGAAAGGCCUCCCUUCAUGAGCUUUAUGAGAGGGUGUGCACUCUUAGAGGAACAGAGAGAGAAAAGGCCAUACUAUGGGACUACUUCAAUAAGCACAAGCAAUUACGGUUGGUUGAUUCAAAUCGUACCCUGGAGGAAUCAAACUUGCAGAUGGACCAAGAGAUUCUUCUGGAGCUGCAAGUUCAUGAGUCUUAUCCUUCACAAUUUGGCAAGGAUUCAACGGGAAAUGAGUUGGCUUUGGUUGCCUUGGAACCUUCAAGGACUUCCACGUCAAUUGCUGGUGGACCAACAUUGUCAAAUGGCCAUAGUACUUGUAGCUUGAACUUAAGGCCAGGAAGUGUUUUAAAUUCAGGAGUCACAGAUACCGAUGAUGGAUUUGGUGCUUCCAGUGGUGUGAGAAGAGUUGAGAGGGGUGGUUUGGCAGGAUUACAGAAUAUGGGGAAUACUUGCUUUAUGAACAGUGCUCUUCAAUGCUUGGUCCACACUCCCCCACUCGUGGAGUACUUCUUGCAAGAUUACUCUGAUGAGAUCAACACAGAAAAUCCUUUAGGGAUGCAUGGUGAACUUGCACUUGCAUUUGGUGAGUUGUUGAGGAAACUGUGGUCCUCAGGACGGACUACAAUUGCACCACGUGCAUUCAAGGGAAAACUAGCAUUAUUUGCUCCACAAUUCAGUGGUUAUAAUCAGCAUGAUUCUCAGGAACUUCUUGCAUUUUUACUGGAUGGGCUACAUGAAGAUUUGAAUCGUGUCAAGCAGAAACCUUACAUUGAAAUGAAGGAUUGGUGUGGUCGUCCAGAUAAGGAGGUUGCAGAUGAGUGUUGGAGAAACCACAAGGCUCGGAAUGAUUCCAUUAUUGUGGAUGUUUGCCAAGGUCAAUAUAAGUCCACGCUGGUUUGUCCAGUUUGCAGCAAAAUUUCAAUUACUUUUGAUCCCUUUAUGUAUUUGUCACUGCCACUACCUUCAACUGUCACUCGUUCAAUGACAGUAACAGUGUUUUAUGGUGAUGGAAGUGGACUUCCAAUGCCAUACACUGUAUCAGUACUGAAAAAUGGUCAUUGUAGAGAUCUUACUCAGGCAUUGAGUACAGCAUGCUGUUUGAGAAGUGAUGAAAACCUUCUGCUGGCAGAAGUUUAUGAUCAUAGGAUUUAUCGUUUAUUUGAAAAUCCUUAUGAAUCAUUGACUUCUAUAAAGGACGAAGAAUAUAUUGUGGCCUACCGACUUUCUCAGAAGGAAACAGGAAAAAGGAAACUGGAAAUUGUUCAUCAGGAAAAGUCUACGCCAGACUUCUUGAAAGGUAGUGGAUGGAAGGAUUUUGGAGCGCCUUUGCUUGCUCAGUUGGAAGAUGAUUCACCAAGUGCGGCUGAUAUUGAGUUGGCUGCUUCUAGACUUCUCUCCCGCUUGAAAAGAACAAGUUCAUCCAAUGUGGUUCAUAGUGACAAGGAAAAUGGUUUUCUUUCAGAAGUUAAUGGUGAACCAUCAAAUAGUUGCAAUGGUCGAUUUGAAUCAAUGGACCAGCUAAUGGACAACAUAGAGUCGGAGCCAGAGGACACAUCCAGCCAGGCCUUAUCGUUCCACCUCCUUUUGACAGAUGACCGGUAUUCAAGCCGCAAGCCAAUUUUUAAGGAUUCAGUCAUAAAAUCUGGAGCAAAUCGUAUUAAAGUUUUCCUAGAUUGGACUGAAAGGGAACAUAAAUUAUAUGAUUCCAGCUAUAUAAAGGAUCUCCCAAUGGUUUAUCAUAAAACUGGGUUUAGUGCAAAGAAAACCCGGCAGGAAGCUGUCUCUCUAUUUUCAUGCUUAGAGGCAUUCCUGACUGAAGAACCUCUAGGGCCUGAUGACAUGUGGUAUUGUCCUGGUUGUAAAGAACAUAGACAAGCCACCAAGAAGCUGGAUUUAUGGACAUUGCCUGAAAUUCUUGUUUUUCAUUUGAAAAGAUUCUCAUACAGCAGAUACCUGAAAAACAAACUUGAUACUUUUGUGGAUUUCCCCAUUCACAAUCUUGAUUUGAGCAAAUUUGUGAAGCAAAAGGAUGGAAGAUCAUAUGUGUAUGAACUAUAUGCUAUCAGCAACCAUUAUGGUGGUCUUGGUGGUGGUCACUACACUGCUUUUGCUAAGUUGAUUGAUGAUAAUAGAUGGUACAAUUUUGAUGAUAGUCGUGUUUCUCCGGUUAAUGAGGCUGAUAUCAAGACUUCAGCUGCUUAUGUGUUGUUCUACCGAAGAGUUGAACCUGAAAGAAAGGUAGGACUAGGAGAGACAUCACAGGGUCAUACAGGCUCGUGAUGGCUAGCAAUGUUUGCGCCCAGGUCAUACUGUCUUCGGAGUUUUGAACCAUUGUUAAUUGAAGACUAAGCUCAUGGCUCUAGCCUUGUUAGUCAGCAUUCUAAAGAUCUAAAGCCUCCCAUAGGUACAGAUUAAUCUGUACAUGGAUAAAGGGGCAGCAGGUGGGCUCAGGAUCAGCUAGCUAAGAUAUUUUAUUAAUUCUUUUCUGAGAAUAUCUGCUUUAAUGUUAGGCUGCUUAUAGAUCCCUGCUUAUUUAUUCUAGGUGUGGCCAUUUUCUUGAAACCUUUUUGCAUAAUAAUAUUGGAAAGAUGAGAUUUCAAAUUUA